CAGCGGAUGAGCGCAGCGUGGUUCUCCCACAGCUCAGAGUGGGAUGUCUCUGAGUCAUAUAGUCAGAUGACUUUCAUUACGGCCGCGGAAAGCAUCUCUGUAAUACAGCAGAGAGCGGAGAGCGCAGAGACGAGCUGAGCUGCGUUCGGACACAUUUAUCCCGAGCGCGUCUUCUCCUGAAUCCACCUGCCUGCGCGCAGGUAGCCCGUGGAGGGAUGUCGCGAUGUUGUGCACAAGGAGAACUAAAACUUUGGUGUCGACAUGCGUGAUCCUGAGCGGCAUGACCAACAUCGUGUGUCUGCUGUACGUCGGCUGGAUCACCAACUAUGUGGCCAACAGCGGAGGGAAAGUUGCGGAGAGCGGCGGUGGCGGGGAGACGGACAGAAAGUUGGAGGAGGACGGGAAAGGUGAAACGAUGAGGAUUAUGGAGCGCUUGGAGCGGCUGGAGAGCGUCGUGAACGAGCACAUCAAAGAAACCCCUCCGAAGGAUGGUGAAGAAGCAGCAUCUUCAUCAGACUCUGCCUCAGACGCCGCCUCCUCGCUGUUCAAUCACUGGGGUCAUGACCUGGGCCCAGAGAGCCGACGGGUCGCCCUCAAAAAGUUCCGUUACUUCGGAUACAACGGUUACCUGAGUGAUCGCAUCUCUCUCACCAGACCCAUUCCAGAUUUACGACCAGACGGAUGCAGAAACAUGUCCUAUUCAUCAGACCUUCCUCAGCUCAGCGUGAUCUUCAUCUUCGUCAACGAGGCCCUGUCGGUUUUAUUGCGUUCCAUUCACACGGUCAUCCAGAGGACUCCAUCCUACCUCCUCAAAGAGAUCAUACUGGUGGACGACAACAGUAACAGCUUGGAGCUGAAGGAACACUUGCAGAGCUUUGUGGAUGAGACAAACGCUCAGCAUGGCCCGGGCUUCAUCAAAGUGGUCCGCCAUGCCAAGCAGGAAGGACUGAUCAGGUCCAGAGUCAGUGGAUGGAGGGCAGCUACUGCUCCUGUGGUGGCUCUAUUUGAUGCACAUGUGGAGUUCAACACUGGAUGGGCGGAACCGAUUCUGCAAAGAAUAAAGGAGGACCGGACCAGAGUGGUCUCGCCUUCGUUUGACAACAUCAAAUAUGACACAUUUGAAAUUGAGGAGUACCCCCUGUCUGCUCAGGGCUUUGACUGGGAGCUUUGGUGUCGAUACAUCAACCCACCAAAGUCCUGGUGGAUGCUUCGCAACCACACAGCCCCCAUCAGAACCCCAGCCCUGAUUGGCUGCUUUGUGGUCGACAGGAAAUACUUUGAGCAAAUCGGCCUGCUUGAUGAAGGCAUGGAAAUUUAUGGUGGAGAAAAUGUGGAGCUCGGCAUUAGGGUGUGGCAGUGUGGUGGCAGCGUGGAGGUCCUGCCCUGCUCCAGGAUCGCCCACAUCGAGCGCGCUCACAAACCCUACACGGAAAAUCUGACGACCCACGUGCGACGCAAUGCUCUGAGAGUGGCUGAGGUGUGGAUGGACAACUACAAGAGUCACGUCUACAUGGCCUGGAACGUUCCAUUGCAGAACUCAGGGAUAGACAUUGGGGACAUUUCUGAGAGAAAAGCCCUGCGGUCCCGACUCAAAUGUCGACCGUUCAGCUGGUUCCUCUCCAACAUCUACCCGGAGCUGCGAUCAUACAGCGACACUGUUGCUUAUGGAGUGUUAAAGAACAGUCUAAGAGAUGACCUGUGUCUGGACCAGGGACCGGACACUGAUAACGUUCCCAUCAUGUAUGUCUGCCAUGGAAUGACACCCCAGCAGAAUGUGUACUUUACCAGCUCCCAGCAGAUUCACCUCGGCGUUCUCAGUCCAACCAUCGAUGAUGACGAUAAUAAGUGUCUGGUGGACGUGAACAGCAGGCCCAGGCUGCUGGAGUGUAGCUACGCAGCCACCAAACACAUGAAGCUCACCUGGACAUUCGCUCAGGGUGGUGCCAUCCAGAAUAUCGAGUCUCAGGAUUGUCUGGAGCUGGUAGAGAGCAAGCAGUCAGGGUUUACCUUCCAGCUGGCCAUUCAGGACUGCACUGGUCAGAAAUGGACCAUUACGAACGUACUGACUGUCCUGCCACAGUGAAUUCAGUCAGGGUGGAGUUAUGAUGCACAUAAAAAAAGCAUUAGAGUCCAAACAAAGGGGGACUUUUCCAAAAGAUUUAAACUCUGGAUGUGUCUCUACCCACAAUCUGGACAAUAAACUACGUGCUUCAAUCAUGCACGGACCAUCAGUAACCUAAUAACCUUUUUCUGCCAACAAAAUGAAGGAGGAGACACUCACAGAUGGAGCAGAUGCUGGUAAAGCUUUCAAGCCUGCCAUCAAAAUGAGAAAUAUUAUGGUAUGUUCUUCAAGAGGAACGGCACAUGAAACCAUGAAAGCAGACUGUUUAUUGCAGGCGCGGGCUUACUUUGUUGUUUUGAGUCCCUGUCUGCAGUUUUAAAUGGUGCCUGAACCUCCAUCUGUCUCACUGCACAAUCAGCAAAACAAAGUGUAUAAGCAUAAUUCAAAUAGGUAUGAGUACGUAAAUAGUUGCAGGCCUGAGCACACUACAGAAAACCUGUUACAAUGCAAAGCAGCUGAUGUUUUUUCACAAAUUAUACAUUGUAAGCAGUCAAUAGUCAUUAUUGUCCUAUUUGACUUAAGAUUGAAGGCAUCACUGAGGCUAUACAUUCUAUCAGUUUUGCAAAAAGCAGAGAAAGUGUAAUGCGGAGUAACAACAUAGUGAUUUAGGUCUUUCAGAAGUUUCAUGGUGUGUCGGAACACUUAAAAGUUUAAAUCACUGCAGUGUUUCAUUACAAAGCACCUUCCACUUAUUGGCACCCCUGUUUAUGAUCUCUAAGAAAUUCCUUUUUAUUUCUGUAAUGUAAUCUCACAGUGAUCGUUUUUAAGAAGAAAAUUUUAAAUCCCUUGCGAAGAAAAAUAUAUUUUUUGCUAAAUAAUUUAUGUUUCCCCUAUUCAAAAACAGCUGUUAAUAUUUGUUAGUGCAAUCCUGUAUGGGUCAAUUGGACAUCUUUUCUUCCCACUGACAUUUCAUAAAGUUGCAGCAAAUACUGAGUGAGGAACGACCAUUCGUUUUUGCAAAAUCUUUGUAGAUCAUCCAGGUUCUUGGGUGCUCUAUAUUCUCUCUUUUCUUCAGCACACUCCAGAGGUUAUCUAUAGGAUUUAGAUCUGGGGACUGAGAUGGCCAAGGGAGAAGGUUAAUUUUGUUCCCUAAGAACAACUCUUGGAACAUUAUGCAAAACCCCAUUUUCAGUUUCCUCGUAUUGGGUACUUGAUUUUUCAGUCACAAGUUUCCCAGGUCCUUCAGAAGAGAAACAUAUCCAUUGCAUCAUGGAUCCUACACCGUACUGAACAGUAGGGAUGAAGUUCUUUUCAAUAUUUGUACUCUUCUGUUUCAAGCCAAACCCACUGCAAUUAAAGGCCCAGUAUUUGUCAGCCAACUCCACAUGUUCAUGUUUGAAAUUGUAAAAUGGAAAAAAACUUUUCCUGGGAUGUCUUCCAAACUACUUUUUGUGCGUCUGCAGCUGGUGUUACUAUGCCUCGCUGACCGCAACCCUGCCCCAUCAGCAAUCCCAGAGAAAUCUGAAAAAGGCCUACUUCAGAGAAGGACCAUUUUCCUGUGAAAGUAAAGUUAGCCGGGUAAAUUUGUAUCGAAAGGCGCCCUGGGCUUUUCAAAAGCCUGGGGGUUUCCACAAGCAAUAGAAAAGGGGCUUAUGACACAAUCAACAAGAGGAAUUAAAAGUAACUCUAUUUUCUUAUCAAAUUAUUCUUGUGCAACAUAACAUUUUAAAAUGUGGAUACAAUAAUAGUAAGUUAUUAAAUAAAACAAAUUUAAUGCCAGGCUGUCUGUUUUUCCCAGCUCCUUUGGCAACCUGAAAACUAAAUGUUGCUUCACAGAAUGUUUCUUUAUCCGGUACCAACAAAAACAUCCACAACAGAGAACCGGAGAGAGGGUUGUUACUUAUAAUGUGAAAACUUUGUAAGGUCCGCAGUUGCAGGGGCGUUGCAAAGUAGUAAAGUAGAUUCUCUUCUUGGCUUUCCUACAGACAUCAGUUUUCACUGACGGGUUUCUUUGAUCACAGUAAAAAAAUGCUCCAAGCCAUAAAGCUAAAGUGUUGCCUGAAAAUUGCAGCAGAAAUUUGGAUAUAGUCCAGCCCACUCUUUGAUUUGACUGAUGCCAGACAUCAGUUAAGAAGAAUACAGUAUCCUGCUGAAUUUAAUGAAACAAGACUUGUGAUGGUCACAUGAUAUAAUUGAAAGACUCUAGAAAGAGCAGUUACCGCUCCACAGCUUAUUGACCAAAGUCAAUAGCGUUGGGCUUCAAAAACAACACACACUUGGAACAGAAAAUAUAAUGCCUUAUCCCCUGGCCAGUUUAAAGAACUGCUUUAAAAUCACAAUUUUAAACAGUUCAUGGCAGAUUUAACAAAUUUGUUUAAAAGGUUUAGAAUGUAGUUCCUAUUAGAGAUCAUAAAGGUUCGAGUCCUUUUCUGUCUACAUAUAUCAUCCACUUAAGACCUUUUAAAGGAUACUUUUUGUUAUUUUUACAGAAACUAGGUCUGUAGUUCACAAUUGCAGUACUCAUUUACAUUUCUGAAGUAGACAAAUCAGUAAAAAACAACAACAACAACAAACUGAGCACAAGACAGCCAAAAUCUGUUGAAGAGUAUCAUCAUGUAAGGAACGCCAGAGAAGAAAGAAGAUAUUGUGAAGUCUCACGUCCAUAUUUGAGCUCAUAUCAUGAUUUAUUUUCCCAGUAAUAGGAAGGAAAUCAAAUCAAAUUUUCUGAGAGGGAGUAGCACAGAGACCUAACAGACCGGCACCAUACCAGUUCAGACCUACCUAACAAAAACAUUAUGGUAUGGCUAUGGAAGGGAUGAAUGAGCAAAAAGGUUGACUGGUAUUUAAUAUUUGUGGAUUUUUUAAUUCCAGACCUUUUUUGUUCCAGAAAAUUAGUCACGAAAAAUGAUAGACUGCUUGCUUUGGAGGAAAAGCUGGAUGGCUGACUGCAUAGGAAGCAGCCAGCGGACUGAGUAAAUAUGCACUUUUUGUGGUGUGCUUGGUGAAGGAGGCUGGGCAGCAGAGCUGUUAGCCAGGGAUGGUUUAUAGCUGACCUGCGUGAAACUGCUACACCCCUUGCUUUUCUUGCUAGCAUUAAUACGUUGGAUAGCAUAAUCAAUUAUUUACAGCUGCAAGGACACACACAGCAUAUACACCUUCAGGUAGGAGACUGGUGUGUUUUUGUUUUUUGACCAUCUUCAUGACAAUGUCUCUGAAUUCAGCUUGACAGAUUAGUGAUCAGGCAUUUACCAUCUGCCGUAACUUUUGUCUGUCGUGGUUUUAAGCUCUGCCUCUAUUAAUACCUUUAAUUCCACCCCUCUAAGAAGCGACUGCUCUAGUUACAAAGAUUUGUGACAUGAAGAUAAGAUUUUGUUUAUAAUCAACUCCAACAAUAGGCCCUUGCUGCAGUUUCAUGUGACACAAUGUCACUCCAUAUGUGGUUGUGCAGAUUCUGUUGAAGAAAAGCCUACCUCGUGAGGCUUCGGAAAUCUGCUUUGGAAAACAGUGGAAACAUCAUUUGGAUUUUAUUUAUGUUAGUGCCGUCACAAUUGGUUUGUUUUUGUGAUGCCAGAAUCUUAUGAACUAUGUCCUUUAAAGUGGCAUCAUAUUUAUAUUUGCAAGAAAUACAAUACGAUUCAAUACAUAUGGCUGUAUGGUGGUAAAGCUUAAACAAUCUGGAUAAAUUGAAAAAUGUAUUCAGAUUGUUUAUGUGUCUCCAAACAAUUUGUUAGCCAUAAAAAACACAUUUCAAUGUCAAAGAAGUAGCUUCUACUAUUUGCAAACAUUUUUAGUGUCGCUCAACACUAAAAAAAGUGCUUUAGGCAUUAUAAUAAAUGACUAUGUUUUGCUGCUAAUUAACUUUUGUAAAUCUGCAAUCUGUUAGUGGAUGAAAUAACCAUUUGCUACUUUGUCUUUAUCCAAUAAUGAGACUGCAGCAGCUCAGACCGGUGUGACUCUGUCAGAUUUCCAUCAAAAAAUGUUGCAGAAAAGCACUAGAGGGUAAUUCAGACAUGAAAGAGACACAAUAAGCAGCUAACACGCUAUAGAGCAGAAAAGCUUCUCGGUGCCUCGUUUAUAGGUACCCUGGCUGCAGGCCAUCGUUACUAAAACAUGUUGAAUGAUGCUACAGAAAAAGAUGAGUUACAUCACGUCAUUGUUUUUUAACAAAUGCAGUUAUGUUCAGAGGUUUUCAGACAUUCAUCACAGGCAUCAAUGUCAUCUUAAUUUUGGGCUUUUAUUAUUAUACAACAAAAAACAUAACCGUUUUUUAAAAAGAAGAUCUGGAUUCACACAUUGUAAUUUUAUGCAGAUUUUAUCAUAGCUCUACACACCCUGUAAUGUUUGGUUUAGGCUCCCUCUGCAAAAUUAAUCUCGAACAUUUGCUUCUAGUUGCCACCCUCAAAUUUUCUACAUAAUUCAGUCUAAUUAUUCAGUUAUUGGACAAAUUAUAUCCCUCACUUAAAUCAGUUGGUUUCCUCCUACAGGGUUGACUUUUAACCAUAGUUAAUACAUUCUAAAUGUAUUAACUAUGACAGCUGAAUCCAGAAGCUUGAUGUUAUCCUACUACGUCCAUCCCAAGACCAGCUUUGAAUGCAACUGUGUAAGAGUUUCAACCAUCUAGCUACUAAUUUGAGUUGACGUUUAACAACUAUGAGGUAAUCCUUUUUCAUUGUUCCAGUCAUCUUACCCAAUGUACCAGUAACACUGACUGCAAAACAGCCUCACUGCAUGAUACUACCACAACCAUGCUUGACAGCUGAAACAUUAUUCUUAGGUCUAAAGAUUCCUCUUGUGGUCGAAUGCCUCAGUCUUCGUCUCAUCUGACCGUACCUUUCUCCAGGAGAGAUUUGGCUUGAUAAUGUUAGGAGCUUGAAAAUUCAGUCAUUCUUUAUUGUCACUUCUGAAGCAAGCGGUUCUUACUUGGUCAGCAGCUUGUUGGUCCAGGUUGAUGGUAAACUGAUGUUACAGCAGUAUCACAUUCAUUGCAGGCUUCAGCUUUAGUGGUUCCUGGAUUGAUCUUGGAUAUCCUAACCGAAUUUAUUUUAUCAGAGGACACAGGUUGGGACAGUUUUGAAUACAUUGGGGAUGAAACUUUGACACAACAGGGUGUUUCAACAACACAAUGAUACCAAACCUUUAAAGCCAUGUUCAUGCCAGAAAACCAACCAGCUUAAAUGAUCUCUACCAAUUCUGCUAAGAAGAGAGGUCAAAUAUUUUAGCAGAAGCUGAUUAAUAGCUGCAACGUGUGUGAUUUUAAAGCAAUUUGGUUAGGGACAUUUAACAGUAUAUUAAUGUUAUGUGUGUAUGAUUAUAUUUUAUAUAAUAUUUUUGUUAUUUAAAUGCCACUGAAGUAAUUUAUUGAAUAGUAAUUCCACCCUGCAAGAUGAAUGGUUCAAAUUUACCAAAAUUAAAAUGAGUUUAUGCCGAUGAUAAUCUUUAAGUGUUCCUAUUGCCGUUAUCUGACAGGAUAUAUUUUCUUACUUUAUUUGGCAUAUUGAACAGUUGAACCACCGAGAUUCUGGUGAGUGCAAGCACACAUCCUGUUAUUUUCUUGUACACUUCAAAUGUUGCUUUGCACACUGAAAAGCAGGUUUUUAGAAGACAGUGUGCUCUUUUCAGUGGUAGCCGGAAACCUGAAUUUCAGAUCUGCAACUUUAAAAAAAAAAUUAAACGAGCAGCACAGAAUUUCCUAAGCAAUUUCCAAAAAUUUCAUUUCUCUCUACCAAUUCUUUCUACGGUUCCAAAGAGAAUGCUCCUUACAUUUUCAAAUUACAUAUCUUUCCUUUGUUACUUGUGAUCUAACAAAAUGUCAAACAAUGUCUUCAUUUAAGUGACAUACAGCUUCAUAACACUAGAGCAUUUAAAGUAGUAAUGUUCAUAUUUUUGUAUUGCCAACAUGCUUUAAAAUUCUGCUUUAAAAAGCUGAAUUCUUUAAAAGAAACACAAAACCAACACAGAAUAGCAAAUUUUGCCCCUGUUAUUUUCAAGCUGUGGUUUUAGAUGUCAAUCAUCUUAAGACCUGUCAGUUUAAUAUUUUCCUUAAUUGUGAACAUGAGAUGGGUAAUAUUUCAGCAACCAGUUUUGUAAAGAAGUAUUUCUUUGCAUAUUAAUGUUUCUUUUUCUUUUUUAUUUGAGUGAGGUUGAAUUGUGUCCUUAAAACAACCCAACACGUCUGUGCGCUAUGUUAGCAAAUACAGUUUUUUUGCUGAUUGGAUGUUUGCUCCCUCACCUACUAGAUUAUUUUCUCUUCAUUUCCAGCUAUCAAAAGUUACACUUUGCUGAAACAGGUUUGCAAUCAAGCUCUCAAUUAUUUAGAAACCCAGCCUUUAACAACCUCUGUGAAUAAUUCAUCCUAAAAGCUGGAUGAUAUUUAAUUAUUUAUUUAUGUCAGUUGUGUAUUGAAAACUUUUUAUUGUCAAUCAUUAAUCAGAUGGUAGGAGAAUAGUGCUGCACCUUGUUGAAGACUGGACCUGGACUGUGUCUGUUGGCUACUGUGUAGCGUCUCUUACCAAAUCUUCUGUUGACCUUUAGUUUUCUUUUUUUUUUUUUGUGGCUCAGGUUUGUAGAUCCUGAAUUUUUGGAAGUAUCUCAAUUUUUGGGAAGCUUUUACUAUAUCAAGUCAUGAAAACUGUCCAAGAUAUUUUGUUAGUGUAUUUAAACUGAAUAUUUAUAAGUACCAAUAAUAAAAAUGGAUGAUGUCAACACUUGCUCAAUUUGAUUUUUCCCCCCACGUUUAUUUCUUCUAAAUAUGAAUAUUAAGCCAGUUUUAUAUGUACAGUGCAAGGAUUUAGAGCGAAAACUUAUUCAGACUAUCAGUUUCUCUUGUAAAAAAAAAAGUUCCCUAAAGCUACUAAUGCAUUAAAAAGAUAUGCUUGUGUGUUUUUGUUUAAUCUGUUAAAUCAGCAUAGUUUUGUAACACCUGGCUUUAAAUUUUUCAGGUUACUGCACGUUUUUCUUGUCAUGGUUGCAAUGUUAGAUGUAGUUUGAGAGGCCACUGGUCAGUCCUGGCAGAGCCUCCAAUGUUUUGUCACAUCCUGUGCAGGGUUGCAGGAGCAUACCAUUUGUCCCAUUCAUCAAAUUUCCAAAUUGAGUGUUUAUUGUAAAUGAAAAUAUGGAAGAAGAAAAACAUGAAAGAUGACUUAGUGUUGAAGCAGGGACAAAUCAACAAAUAAAUCAGUCAAUAAAGUGCUACUUAAACACAAAAAUAAACCAAUGAAAAAAUAUUCUUUGCCAUGAAA